GAAGAUUUGGUGCAGCCAAUUAGCGAGGUUUUGGACAAUGCCUACUCAGAAGAUAUGGCCAAUAUCCUGGAGAUGUUGCUCUCUGAAGCUGGUACCGGAAUGGAACAGCUGCAACAACAGGUGGAGGUUUGCGUUGCCGAAGAACGCUUUGAUGUUCUCGAGGAGAUCAGCACCUUAGCAUCGGAGUUCCAGGACUUGCAACGUGCCGCCGAUCGCUGGCGCACUGGGGAGGCCCGGAGCUCACGGGAUCCGAUGUCCAUGGCCGCUAUGACCGAGGAAGCUCAAGAAGCAUGGUUACGAGAGGAGGACGAGAGGCGCCAACAGGAGGAAGCGCGCUUUAGGGAGCAAGAGGAAGCUCAACAACGGUGGCUGGAAGAGCAAGCAGAGGCACAACGUCAGGAGGCGGCGCGACAAGAGGAGGAGGCCCGCCAAGCGAGACGAGAACAGGCCGAACGGGAGAUGCGCGAAGCGGAGGAGCAGGAGCGUUUGGCGCGUGAGGAAGCUGACCGACAAAUGCGUGAAGAAGAGGAGGCACGCAUAGAAGAGUUAGAGGCCAUCCGUCGACGUGUGGCUGAGGAAGAGCGCAG